AUGCAUUUGCUCUUGAAAACAGGAAAGAGAUUUGAUGUGCCAGCUAUGCAGACGUUUUGUGUCAGGCAGAGUGGAGAAUGUUUCAUAAGGUGCUUAGGCAAAUCAAAAUGUCAGUCAUUUGGUAUUGGUGUUGUUGAUGAAUGCCUUGGACAACUACAGUGUCGCUUAUAUUCUCAAGUGGAGAUAAGCGAUCUAACUAAUGAUACGAAGUUUACUUAUUAUAUCCUGGUGAGUUACAACGCGUUACAUUUUCCCAUAAUUUUAGCGUAUAGCGAUUUUGAAUUUGAUUAUCUUGCCAACCUUAACAAAUAAAUAUAAGGCCCGGUUUAGACGAUGAAUUUAUUAUGCACCAAACCUAAUCAACAAGUUCGCCAACUGAUUAGACGUAGCACUUAAUUGUAUCGAUUUACUAAUGUCAUGGAUGAGCUGAUGCCUAUCUCAUUCAGUGAAUGACGUCGCCUGUCAGCAUGGCUAACUUUUUACUUUACUAUAUUAUAUAGAAGGGAUCGUCAUGUUGCAUUAAUGUGUCGUGUUUAAAUGGAGGACUAUGUCGAAGUAAAGUUUGCACAUGUGCUUGCACGAAAGACUUCAUGUCAACAAAUUGUAUUUGCCCAAGAAGUAAGAAACUUCAUUUUCCUUCAUUAAUCAAAUGAUCACGUACAUCCCAGUGUAAUCAUGGAUUGUAAAAUAACUGGAUAUAGGAGACUUCGUGACGUCACAGUCUAAACCUAGUUGCAAAUUGGCUUUCAGAACACAAGUUAAACUAAAAAAAAAUAAUUUAAAACCAAGCUUAAUGUUUGUAAAUAUGACUCAGCCACAAUAAAAGGAUAAAUCUACUUGCUGAAGUAUGCCAUGGGUAAAAAUACGCAGAUUUAAUACUCUGAAUAUGCGUCGCAGUUUUCGCAAAAUACGGAAGAAAUCGGGAAAAAUAGGCUGCUAUUGGCGACGCAAUUAUCUCUGUUGUAAAAUCAACCUCGUUCCCAGGGUCUCUUAGAACGGCGCGAGGCAGCCUAGUCCCUAGGCCUCUUAAUUCGCCCACUCAAUUUGCCCACUCUUGUUGAUCGGAGGGUUUCCUUGUGUAAACAGUUUUACGAGAACAAUUUUGGCCAUUCAAGUAAAACUUCUGAUCUUUUACCUAGAAAGAAAUCUCACUCAUAUAACUUUAGAAAUGCUAGAAACAUUCCACUUUUUAAGACACGUACAAGUAGAUUUUAUGAUAGUUUUUUACCAACCUGUGUGCGGAAAUGGGAUUUGCCUUGAACCUUUUGAAUUUAAUAACUUAAUACAAUAAUGCAUAAAAUUUCUAUAUUUGUAUUGUACAUAUAUUUUUAUAUAUUCUAAUCUAAACUAUUCUAUUUUAAUGUUACUUGUUACUUGAGUUUUUUAGUUUCUUUUUGUAAACUGCCAUUCAAGUUUCAAUAAAUGCAAUUCAAAUUCAAUUCAAUUCAAUUCUUAGUACGCCCAUUUCGCGUUUCUGCAUAUAAAUGAGCUGACACGGAAAUCAAAAGCGUGCACAGAGUACUAGGGACUAGUCUGAUACCAGGGUCUUUCCUAGAGACCCUGGGAACGAGGUUGUUGUAAAAUGACAAUAAUGUAAACAAUAAAAAUGAACAUUUGCCUUAAAGGUUGUUGUGUGGCUUAGGCGGGUUCAUUUUGGUCAUAGAUCAGUAUAAAAUACCAAAAGACAAGAACAAACACAUUGUCAAGCAAAAAACAUGAAAAGGUAAAAGUAUCAGUCAAAAGCAUUGGAAAAUCAACAAUACUUCGCCAUCAUAAUUGACAUCACGAUUUGCAACUACGUUUCAACAUCUCUCGAGCAAAAACAAAGACCUUUCAGCCAAUCAGCGGGACGGAAACAUGUCAUGUGUCGACAGUUUCCUACCAGUUAUUUCACAAUCCAUGGUUUAAUUAUUAUUAUUCUGAUCACGUACAAAAACCAGUUUCACAUUAUUCUGUUUUUUUUUUAUCUCUGAGGGUGAUUUUGAAAUGGAAUUGAAACACUGCGUGUCCUCUAAGAGAAGCCUUAGGUCGUCACGAAAAUAUUUCGUGCACAUAAAUUGGACAAGACUCGCUACCAAUCCCCGUUGACUCGAUAACUCAAUAGGUAAAGCGGCGGUCUAGAUACCCGAAGGUGCGAGUUCAAUCCCGCUCGAGCCAACGAAUUUUUUAUUGGUCUAUUGCAGUGUCGAAAUAUUAAUAUGAAACUGGUUUUUCGUCAGUAUCUGUGAGGAUGGUUCUAAAAUUAAAAAUCUAUUUGUUAACCUGUAAACAAUUGCUAGAAGUAUUUUAAUUGUAUUUUCAUUUCUCAUAAUGCUAUAAAAAGCAAGUAACCUCCUAGACAAAUACCACGCAUUAUUAAAACUGCCUAUGAUCGAUAACCUGCUGUUUUCUCGUUCAGAAAACUUCGGUAAUUUUUGAACCACCAUCUUGUUUUUUCUACUGGCAGUCCCCGGUCUUCAAUAGUCACGUGCAUGCCCGAUAGUUUGCGAUGUAGGACGGUGUAUAUUGGACAGUUGCUUAUCGUGGAUUUUUAUACGAUACAAUGAAACACCUAUUAGAUUAAUCUUCGCCCAAUAUGGCAAAAUAUUAAGUCUCGACUUCAAUAUCAGGCUCGACUUUCGGUCUCGCCCAAUAUAGAAGUCGAGACUUAAUAUUUUGCCAUAUUGGGCUCAGAAGAAGGCCAAUAAGAUAUAUUAUUCCGGAUAUGAGCUACUCUGCAAUUUGAUUGGCUCUCUACUAGCGGGAUAUUAGCUCAUAUCCUGCCAGUGGAAAGAAAACCAAUAUGGCGGCGCAAAUAGAUUUUUAAUACUUAAUUUAAACUAGUUAGUUAAACAAUAUAUUUUUAAAGAUAAAAACAUGGACAGAAUACAAUUUUUUGGAAGAAAUUAAACUGAACUAAAAACAAGUUCAAUUUAUAGAUGUGAAAUCAACGAGCACUUGUUUUGUUUAAAAGCCUUAACUAUAUAAAAAUUCAAGUUUUCAUUAAUGUAUGAAGUAUUAUUUAAAAAAAUAGCAGCAGUGUUUAUUAGGUUUAGGGCAAGUUGUGUUGCAUGAUUGAUAAACUGUUAAAAUAUUGCCGUACAAGUGAGUCUGUGAAUUCAGUAUAGUUGUCUAUAUAAUAUACAGCUCAUAUAUAUAUAUACGACUCGAAGAAUUGCAGACGCUGGUAUCCGGUUGUUGUCUAUAUAUAAUAAUAAUAAUAAGAAGAAUUGGCCUUUACAACUGACGAGCUAUCCAGUAUAUAUAAAGUUCAUUGACUCCACGAUGUCAAGUAUGUUGCCGAGGAAUAUUUACCUGUCAAACUUCUCAUAUCCAUCUGAAUAAUCAUUGAUUACACUCGCCGCACAUAUGUUCCCUCGAUAAUCAUAUUAUGCUUUCGGAACAAGUGUAAAGUUCAUAUAUUGUUCAAAUUAAAACAUAUCAGCCGGGUUAGUUCAGCUUUCAUCUCUUGAGUAGCAAUGAACCAAUGAGGAAAGCCCUUAACGAGAACAGUUUAGAAAUAACAUAGUAGCCUAAGAGCUAUCCAACAGAAAUAAAGUUGGUCUUUGCUUCAGUUUAUUUUCAUGAUUUUGUGUCCCCACAGAUAAUGUAACGCGACAAUUCUCCCACAAAUGGAAGGCUGUCAAAGGGACUGGUGCGAUCACCCAAAUUGACAGUGGCGGUGGGCGAACAUGGGCCACGAGAAUCGACAAUGAAUACAUUUUUGCAUUACAAAAUGGCGCUUGGACACAAGUGGACGGCCUAUUAUCUCAUGCUACAGUUGGAAAAUCGGGCGUUUGGGGACUCAACAAAGACGAUGAAAUAUUCUUCAGGCUAGGUGUGACACCAGACACACCGUCUGGAACAGGAUGGCAAAAGCUGUAUGGUUUAUUGAAGCAGAUUGACGCUGGUAGCUCGGGAGUUGUUUAUGGAGUGAAUAGGUAUUAUUUUUUACAUCUAUUUAUUAAUAUUUCUGAUUGA